AUGGCGGCGGGGGCGGGUGGCGCGGCCCUGGCGCGGGCGGCGCUGGCGGCGCCGCUGGUGCUGCUCUACUACGGCUUCUCCAUCGGCAUCACCUUCUACAACAAGUGGCUGAUGAAGAGCUUCCCGUUCCCGCUGCUGGUCACGCUGCUGCACCUGCUGCUCAUCUUCGUUCUGGCGGCGCUCGCCCGCGCCCUGGAGCGCUGCCGCUCCGGGCGGCCGCGGGCAGCGCUGUCCUGGGCCGACUGCCUCCGCCGGGCCGCCCCCGCAGCUCUGUCAACUUCCUUGGAUAUUGGGCUGAGUAACUGGAGCUUCCUGUAUGUCACUGUCUCCCUCUACACAAUGACCAAAUCCUCUGCCAUUCUCUUCAUCCUGCUUUUUUCACUGCUCUUCAAGCUGGAGGAAAUGAGGGUGACAUUGCUGCUGGUGGUUCUGCUCAUUGCUGGGGGACUCUUCAUGUUCACCUACAAGUCCACACAGUUCAACGCUCAGGGGUUUGUGCUGGUGCUCUGUGCCUCCUUCCUGGGGGGCAUUCGCUGGACUCUCACACAGAUCCUGAUGCAGAAGGCUGAACUGGGGCUCCAGAAUCCCAUUGAUAUCAUGUUUCACCUGCAGCCGCUCAUGUUCCUGGGGCUCCUCCCACUCUUUGCCGUGUUCGAGGGCCUUCCUUUGUCCAUAUCAGAGAAGCUCUCCCGUUUCCAUGAAGCAGGAAUGCUGUUCUCUCUGGUAGGGAAGCUGUUCUUGGGUGGAAUUCUUGCCUUUGGUCUAGGCUUUUCUGAGUUCCUCUUGGUUUCCAGAACAUCUAGCCUCACCCUUUCCAUUGCUGGCAUUUUUAAGGAAAUCUGCAUUUUAUUCCUGGCCACACAUUUACUGGGAGACCGCCUCAGUCUCUUGAACUGGCUGGGCUUUGCUGUCUGCCUGUUGGGAAUCUCCCUCCACGUUGUUCUCAAAGCCAUGAAUUCCAAAGGUGACAAAGCACUGGAGCCACACAAAGAGGGCAGCUCUGACCCUGACCUGCAGCUGCUGCUGCGCCACCCCGAGCAGGCUGAGGAAGAGGAGGAGGUUGUUGAAACCCCACAGCAGCACUGACUGAACAUGAAGCACAAAGCCAUCUGCUCUGUUCUUACCUAACCUGCCUGACAGCUAUCCAGGAGGAAGGUCCAAAAGUCUCUGUGACCACCCAAAGCAGAGCCAGGGCCCGCUGAGAGAAUUCUGCUGUUCUGCUGCAGUGUGGAUCUGUAGAUGCUGCACAAGAAAAGGCAACAUUCCUUUCACAGGAACUUGGAGAACAAGCCCUGGUUCAGUGUGUGUAGAAUGGUGAGGUGAGACAGGGAAAAGCUAUGAAAAGUCCAUUAGGGGAUCCUGAAAGCUGUUUACUGACAAUGCAGACCAUGAGCUGUAGAAUGAACAUGGGCAUGUCUGGA